UAGCUAUUAGUUAGCAUAGAAAUUAUUAAUAAAUUUUUAUAAUUAUUAUAUUAUUAUUACAAUAAUUUUCUAACUAAAAUAAUAACUAAUACAGAAACCUAUAUAGCAUGAAAAUGUCAUCAAAAAUUAUAAUCUUUUUGGCACUGUUUGCACUAAUUGCCGUUUGUAUUGUGGAGGCGUCGGUAGAUAUUGAGGAACGAGAAGAUAAACCACCAAACGAUGAAACGCAUAAAAUAAUAGUAAAAUUGUCAAAUCUAUUGACGCCAUUGUUAGGACCGGAAAUACAUAAAUUGUUGCACUUAUUGCGUCCAAUAAUAUCACUGCCGAUCGUAACCAAUCUAUUGAAGCCACUCUCCAAUAGUUUGGUUCCUGUCCUGAAACCAGUCAUAGAUUUAUUAGCACCUAUUUUGGGUCCUAUUUUGAUACCAAUUGUUACCAAUUUAUUGAAGAAAAUACUACCAAAAUCCAAGUAAUACCUGUCACUUGAGGACAUCAAUCAGUUGUUAAACGGGAGUCUCUAACUAAACAACAUAACUGUCCCUAAAUUUGAUUUAUUAUUAUUUAUUUAGAUAAAUGCGUUAUUAUACUGUAUUUUUCAGUAGACUAAAUCUAUUUUAC